CUUGCGCCGCCAUCUACGAGGUGGAGUGGUCGCUGCUCCUGCUGCUGCUCGGCGCGGUGGCGUGGCUGCUGACGGUCCUGUACCUCGCGACGCGCCGCCACAAGUACAACCUGAUGCUCACGCUCGCGGCGAUGAAGCAGGAGCUCGCCGACGACUCCAAGAGCAUACUCGACAGCGACGGCGACCGCCGCGCGGCGCCUCGAGUCGACGCCGCCCUACCGCCCACCCACACACCUCCCCGCGCCCCUCGCACCCGCAGGCGACGGCAAGGUGAGCGAGAGCGAGAGGGCGGGCGUGGGCAAGGGCUACCUGGCGAUGCUGGGCGAGCAGCUCGCCCCGCGCUCGUUCGCCCCGCGCGCCCGCGGCGGCAGCCUCUCGGUGACCACCACGCCCAUGACCCCUCCCGGGAGCGCGCCGUCCACCCCCUUCAAGAGGUGCCCGGACUCGCCGAAGCCGAGCCCGGACUACGUGAUGCAGGAGCGCGCCAGGUUCGCACAGAUCUCGGCAAAGACCGCGCGCAAGGUGGCCAUGCUGUGAUGGCGCGCGGCCUGCUUGGAGCCCUCGAGCCGCACAUGCAGACGUACCGCAGAGCCUGCGGCUUAUUCGUACACGUACUGAGUGAGCUGAGAGCUGCGAGGGUCCGCCCGCAGGCGCGUUUUAUACCCCGAGCACUUGGAGCACUUGGAGUGCAGUCGGUAACCUCACAUCCAGGGCCGGUGAGCUGAGAAGCGCAUCCAGCGGGCCGGAUGAUCGGUAUCGGGUUACGGGCAAGAGAGCCCUAGCCCCGGGGGUGCGCGUUCGCAGGGCAAGGGCCUUAAAGUAAACACGGGUCUCCGAGGGUUAGCUCCGCGCUCCAGGUUUCCCCUUAACUGC